CUUUGUGGAGAGGGCAAUUGAGUUGUGGGAGCAGGAGGGCGGAACCAUUUGGCUAAAUCCUACCGGCGCAUCAGCUACUUCAGACUUUGGUCUGAUCAUCGUGUGUUUUCCUUGGGGCCAGUUGUUUCUGAGCAUCAAGUGACAUUGUGAGGCUCCCACAAUGGUUUACCAUCCUGAGUUUGAAAAUGCCGGAAAGGAGCCUGGUCUACAGAUCUGGAGGGUGGAAAAGUUGGAUCUCGUUGCUGUGCCCAAAAACCUUUAUGGAGACUUCUUCACCGGAGAUGCCUAUCUUGUAAUGCGCACCAUUAAACAGCGGUCUGGAAACUUGCAGUAUGAUCUGCAUUUCUGGCUGGGUGAUUCGUGUUCGCAGGAUGAGAAGGGAGCUGCAGCCAUAUUCACUGUGCAGUUGGAUGAUUAUCUUGAUGGAAAGCCUGUCCAGUACAGAGAGGUGCAGGGCCAUGAGUCCAAUAUCUUUCUGGGCAACUUCAAGUCUGGCAUCAAAUACAAGGCUGGAGGGGUGGCAUCAGGUUUCUCCCAUGUGGUGCCCAAUGAGGUAACUGUGCAACGGUUGCUCCAUCUGAAGGGCCGCAGAGUGGUGCGGGCAUUGGAAGUCCCCUUGUCUUGGGAUAGUUUCAACACAGGGGACUGUUUCAUCGUUGACCUGGGGAAUGAAAUCUUUCAGUGGUGUGGCUCCAAGUGCAAUAGAUUUGAGCGGCUAAAGGCCACAUACAUAGCCAAGGGUAUCCGUGACAAUGAGAGAAGUGGCCGUGCCACUCUGCGUGUGAUGGAAGAAGGAAGGGAGUCAGAAAAACUGCUGGAGGUUCUUGGACCAAAACCGGAUCUGCCGGAAGGAACUGAUGACAACAUAAAAGUUGACGCAUCCAACAGGAAACUGGCUAAGUUGUACAAGGUUACGAAUGCCACUGGUGAAGUUCAGAUAAACCUGAUGUCUGCAGAGAAUCCGUUUAAACAGACCAUAUUGGACUCUGAAGACAGCUUCAUCCUGGACAAUGGAUCCAAUGGGCAGAUCUUUGUGUGGAAAGGUAAAAAAGCUAAUCAAGAAGAACGGAAAGCUGCCCUGAAAGCGGCUGAAGACUUCAUUACAAAAAUGGGAUAUCCCAAACACACCCAGGUUCAGAUUCUGCCAGAGACUGGAGAGACUCCACUGUUCAAGCAAUUCUUCAAGAAUUGGGUUGAUCUGUAUCAGACUGAGGGAAUGGGAACCGCCUACAUCUCCGGGCAGAUUGCCAAAAUUGAAAAAGUGCCUUUUGAUGCUGCAACUUUGCACGAUUCUCCUGCCAUGGCUGCCCAGCAUGGAAUGGUGGAUGAUGGGUCUGGAGAGAAAAUGAUCUGGCGCAUUGAAGGCAGUGACAAAGUGCCCGUUGACUCGAGCGCUUACGGCCAGUUCUACGGAGGAGACUGCUACAUUAUUCAGUACACGUAUAACUUUUCUGGAAGACAGGGAAACAUCAUCUAUUACUGGCUAGGUGGUGAUUCGUCCCAAGAUGAAAUGGGUCAUGCUGCUAUCUUGACAGCCCAGCUGGAUGAGGAGCUGGGAGGUGGCCCAGUUCAGGGAGCUGAUGGUUCCCGAAUCAUUAACCAGGUGCGUGUGGUCCAGGGGAAGGAGCCGGCCCACUUGAUGAGCAUGUUUGGAGGAAAGCCGAUGGUGAUUUACAAAGGUGGGACCUCCAGAGAAGGUGGCGAGUCUGCGCCUGCUGAUAAUCGCUUGUUUCAAGUGCGGACUAGUAGCUCUGGAUCCACCAGAGCAGUGGAGGUCGAAACUGUUGCCUCCAACCUGAAUUCAAAUGAUGUCUUUGUCCUGAAGACUCCUGGAUCAUCCUUCAUCUGGGCUGGCCAGGGAGCAAGUGAUGCUGAGAAGCAAGGAGGCCAGCAGCUUCUUGACAUCCUAGGAGUCAGUGCCUCUGAAAUUGCUGAGGGCAGUGAGCCAGACGAAUUCUGGGAUAUCUUGGGUGGGAAGGCAGAUUAUCGCACAUCACCAAGACUGAAGAGCAAAAUGGACGUCCAUCCUCCUCGCCUCUUCGCAUGUUCUAACAAGACUGGGCGCUUCAUUAUUGAAGAAGUGCCUGGUGAGCAGGUCCAGGAUGAUCUAGCCACUGAUGAUGUCAUGAUUCUUGAUACCUGGGACCAGGUGUUUGUCUGGAUAGGUAAUGAAGCUCAAGAGGAAGAAAAAGCAGAGGCCCCAAAAUCUGCUAAAGAGUACAUUGAGAGUGAUCCUUCCAACAGGGAUAAGAGGACUCCAAUAGCGAUUGUCAAACAAGGGUUUGAGCCACCUUCGUUCACUGGCUGGUUCCUGGGGUGGGACUACGAUUAUUGGAGUGUUGACCCCUUCCAGCGGGCCAUGGAUGAACUUGCAGUGUCUUAAAUUCCCAGGAGCGUCUGACAUCUGCGCUUUUGAUCUCACCUAAGGAGCUUUGAAGUUAUAAAUGUUAAGUUUUGCCAACAACGGGCACUGCUGCUUCACCCACACUUUGUCUGUGCAAUAUUUAGGCUGUGCAUUGGCAUAUGUAAUAUGAUACCCUGUGCUUCCAAAGCAUUCUAUAAUAAAGAUUGACAUUUUGAGAGCA